GGCGUCGAAUUCGGAACGUGCGACGGGCGACCGUUGGCGACUAACUGGCAGGCGCGCGCCGGCGCUGCUCGCGGCCCGAGAACUCUCUGCGCGCUCCCGCGUCGGGCCAACGGCGUCAGGAACGAGUUCUAACGGAAUCACACGGUUCCAGGCAAAGGUCUGAGUCCAGCUGCUGCAAACCAGUUCUGUUCACGAGGCAUUUGAUUUGGUGAACAAAUUAGGCCAGGAGAGCAGCCGACGUGACUGUCUUCUUCUGCUGCACUUCGACUUCCCCGAGAUGCAGAGCACGCACGAAGAUCAGAUCAGAUCACAUUAGAAGCCAUUCAUGAAGAAAUCCAGGCUGGCCUGCUCUGUGACGUCUGGAGUCUGGACCUAGUUUUUCGGUCCCUUUCAGGGAAGUAUUGGCAGAACCGGAGCCCAAAGUGGAAAGCACCCGGUUGUCACGAUGGACCGUAGCGGUGUCAGCGUCAUCCAGACACAGGGGAAUGGCAGCACAGGCCUGCAGCAAGUGCCCCAGGUGGUCCCCUCAGGCGCCAGGGGAGGUGGUAAGGCAACGCCCCCCAGCAAGGCGAAGAGGUCCGCAGCUGACAAGGAGAGCGAGGAGUACCGGCAGCGGCGCGAGCGCAACAACCUGGCUGUAAAGAAGAGCCGCAUGCGCAGCAAACAGAAGGCGCUGGACACCCAGCAGCGGGUCAACGAGCUUAAAGAGGAGAACGAGAGGCUGGAGGCCAAGAUCCGGCUGCUCAGCAAGGAGCUCAGUGUGCUGAAGGACCUGUUUCUGGAGCACGCGCACAACAUGGCCGACAGCGUGCAGCCGUUGAGCGCCGAGGGCCCGGGGCCCCGCAGCCAGAGCGGCAACCACAACGGCGGCGGAAGCAGCCAGUGAGCGCGUGGGGGAGCAGCGUGGGAUGUGCCGAGGGUCUUCCGGGAGCUCGAGGAGUCUGGUUUUCUGAGGCUUUGUGUUGCGCCAUAUAAACACCUUCUUUAGUUAAUGUGACCAACCUUCUGCUUGUUCUGCCGCAUCGGUUUGCGUUUUUUAUAUUUUGUCACAGUGUUAAUGUGUCUAAAGCAGUCUUUGAAACGGUGAAUAGCGGUCACUUUCAUUUUAUGCAGCGGCGACCCCGUCAGUGGCGUCAAACUAGGAUUGCACAUUUUGCCUAUACUUUAUACUUUGGUUAUCCACAUACGCUGACAGUGUGAUUGUUCCAGGCUUUUUGAAAGGUUUUCCAUGGUAUGCUACUAAAGGGCUUGCCUUUGGGUCUUCUUUUCAAUUUGACAUUUUCACAGGAGCUCAUCUCAACAUUUGUGAUGCUCAACAAAUUUCCCAGCUAAACAUUAGCUUGAAAACCACCCCAGUGGUAAAACAGAGCCCUCAUGUAGUGCUGAUGGAGUGGAGAACGUGGCUUUACCAUUAAUUUACCAGGUGUUCCUCAAAGCACGGGGUGGGUGCUGAACUGGUUUUCAGGUUCUCCUGGUCCCUGAAGGCAGCAGGUGCCAAGCAGGGGAGUAGUCGGUCAUCAGGUCUCCAAGGUGUCCAUAUCGUCCUUGUUUCUAAUUUCAUUUGUCAGUUGCAGUUCUUUGCAGGGAAAAAAAUGUUCUUUUGAAAGAAAAUUGACAUUAAUAGGGUAAGAAUCACAUUUUGUUGUUUUACAUUAGUACAGGUUUUAAAAAAAAAAAAAAAAAAAAAACUGGAUUCCAAAGCAUGUUGAACAUUUUUUUCUAUUACUCGGUUAUUAAACAACCUUCUUUAUAAAUGCUGUCCAAAUAUUGUCUUUGCACUGCUCAAAGGAGGAAUGAAUGUAAAUUAUAAUGUUAUGUGGAUGGUUGAAACUAAAUUCUAAUGUGGAUGUAAUAACUUGUGUAAAGGAAAAACUAAAGUAGGUGUUUCCAGUUGGAGAUUUCAUUCUAUUUUGCUAAACUACGAAUGUUGCAGGACAGCGUCGUGAUUCUUGUUUUUAUAUAUGAAAAGGUAUGAUGCAUUUUAAAGUAAAAUCAAAUAAACUUCCUGAAAGUUGUACAACCUUGUUUUCAGGGUGUAAUUUAGCUCCAGAAAAUAGUUUCGGAAGACUUGGAGGUUGUCAAAUAACAAUGGUGACGUUAUUUCUGUGCUGCUCAGGCGCAGGUUCGAAUCCAACUCAUGUUGUUUGCAUUUCCUCUCCCUGGGUUUCCUCCCACAGUCCCCAGAUGUGUGUCAGGUAAACUGGUGACUCCAGAUUGCCCCCAGUUUGUGUGUGACUACACAGUAGUUGAAUGCCACCCCCACAGGUU